GUUCGAAAAAUUAAAGAUGCGAAAAAUUAUACUUUUUCUUGGUAUAUGGUCAGCUUUUGCCAUGGGUAGUAAGCUGAAAGUGCCUGCUGAACCACCGUCUAAAGAGUGUGACAAAAUCGUUGGCUGUUACUAUAAUUGUAGAUCAUUUGACAAUGAGUCGAACAAGGACUUAUUAAUAGAUCAGAUGGAUGUGUCUCUUUGCACUCACCUGUUUUAUGACUGUGUUGGACUUAAGGAAAACGCUACACUUCAAAUUGAAAAUGAUUAUAAAAAUUUAGAAUUUGAAGCAUAUCAACAGCUUAUUGAGCUGCGGAAGAAAAACAUAAAGUUGAAGACCUUGGUUACAAUAACGGGCUUGUACGAUGAAAAUAUACAAGAUAUUAACAAUAAAGCACUCACUGAUCCGAAUUUAAGAAACAAACUAGUUGAUAAUAUUGCAGACUUUGUGAAAAAAUACGGAUUCAAUGGUCUAGACCUCGAAUAUUCACAAUCAUAUCCACAAACUGAUGAACAACUUUCUGAUAAGGAAAAUUUCGUUUUACUCUUAAAGGCGCUCAGAGAAAGAUUCGAUAAAGAAGAUUUAAUUUUAUCUGUGGUAGUUGAUCCUAUUGAAACGACUGCUAAAAUAUUAUAUGAUAUUGAAGGAAUAUCGAAAUAUGUGAACUUCAUCAAUUUAAAGACUUUUGACUUUCACGGACGCUUUGAUUUGGAGAAGAAAUUUGGUCUUGGUUAUAUUACUCCAAUGUAUCCUUCAUUAAAGGACAAUGCAGAUGAACGCAAGAUAAACAUUGAUUAUGUUGUGAAAUACUGGAUUUCACAAGGUGCACCACCAAAGAAGUUGAUACUAGGAAUUCCUUUUCACGGAAUAUCCUUUAUUUUGCUUAACCCAAAUCAAAUUGAUAGAGACUCGCCAUUAACCGAUGACGAGAAGACAGGUGUACAACUACAAUAUAACCAAAUUUGUUCGUAUGAAAAAGAUCCACAACAGAAGCAUUUUUAUGACAAAGUGCAGCAAGUUCCAUAUAUGUAUUGCAGUGGAAAUCAAAUUAUUGCUUAUGACAAUGUUAAAUCAAUCAAGAUGAAAGCUGAAUAUGCUCAGAAGAUGCAGCUUGGCGGUGCCAUGGCAUUUACCAUAGAUCAAGAUGAUUUCUCUGGUACUUGUGGUGAAAAGUUUCCACUUCUGAACACUUUGAGCCAAGCUCUCAAAAACCAAUGUUAA